UUUUCUCUCUCUCUUGACGAUGACGACUCUAACGACCACGGAUUUAUAACGCCUUCCCCCCCCCCCCUCGCACCCUCACCAUCACCACCACCCUUGCAUGCGUCCGGCGUUUCCGGAGUCUCGUGGAAACAUUUUGGGAAAUUGUGUUGUUUUUUGCUUCGCCAGUCUCGCUCUCGCUCCCUCGCCGCCGGCGGGUGCAACUCGCCACCCACGCAUGGAAGGGUCCCGGAGUGGCUUUCAUCGGGCGUUGCGGACUUGGGCGCUGGCUUGGGUAGCGUUUCUAGGGAGGGAAGGGGCUUGGAUUAGGCGGCGGGACACGGCGGAACGGUAUCAUUUUUAUAUGCUCGCGCGCGCGGGGCUACGGCAUGCUUAAUCCGGGGCAGGCGGUGGACUGGCCGCCCUGCUGCAUCCGCACCCAUCCGUCCCUCUCUCUGCAUGUAGAAAUACGCGCAUAUGAUGAAUACUUUCCCUCUCUCUCUCUUUCUCUCUCUCCGUGUCCC